AUCUUAUUUUAAAGUCAAUAAGUAAAAGUUACUAUUAAAAGCACCUCUGACACGUUUAACAAUAAACACAAAAAGUAUUUACUUCCUUUUUCUUUUUUAGCUUGCUUGUUUAGAAAUAAAAUGGGUCGUGUUAUUCGUGCACAACGUAAGGGUGCUGGAUCCGUAUUUAAAGCGCACGUUAAACACCGUAAAGGAGCUGCGAAACUAAGACCUUUGGAUUUUUCAGAGCGCAAUGGUUACAUUCGUGGCGUUGUCAAGGAAAUUAUUCACGAUCCUGGUCGUGGCGCCCCUUUGGCUGUAGUACAUUUCCGAGAUCCGUAUAGGUAUAAAAUACGUAAAGAACUUUUCAUUGCACCAGAAGGCAUGCACACCGGUCAAUUUGUGUACUGCGGUCGCAAAGCCACUCUACAAAUCGGCAAUGUAAUGCCUUUGUCUGUUAUGCCUGAAGGUACAAUUAUAUGUAAUUUAGAAGAAAAAACCGGUGAUCGUGGCCGUCUGGCACGUACCUCUGGCAAUUACGCCACUGUUAUUGCCCAUAACCCCGACACAAAGAAAACGCGUGUGAAGUUACCAUCGGGCGCUAAGAAAGUUGUGCCUUCUGCUAAUCGCGCUAUGGUUGGUAUUGUGGCUGGCGGCGGUCGUAUUGAUAAACCCAUUCUAAAGGCUGGCCGCGCCUAUCACAAAUAUAAGGUGAAACGUAACAGCUGGCCAAAGGUGCGUGGUGUUGCUAUGAAUCCUGUUGAGCAUCCUCACGGUGGCGGUAAUCAUCAGCAUAUUGGCAAAGCCUCCACAGUGAAACGGGGCACAUCUGCCGGUCGUAAAGUUGGUCUUAUUGCUGCUCGCCGCACUGGUAGAAUCCGUGGUGGUAAAGGUGAAACUAAAGAUAAAUAGAUUUAAUUGUGUUAAAAUAUCAGUAAAUUUGAUAUGAAAUAAAAUGAUGUAAAAAAAGA